AAAGGGGCGGAAACUCAGGGGGCGUCCAUCUUGCAGCGCCUCUCCCUGCAGAACACCAUCGCUAACUGUUUUCUUCCUCCACAAGUUUCUCAGCAACAGGGAGAGUGAAAAUGGCCCAGCCAAUCCUCGACACCGUGUCCGGAGCCUCGACGGGGACGCUGCUGGUUACCGAACCUCUGAGUUUCUGGGCUGGAAAACGGGUGCAGCCCAGGGAGGGGAAAAACGCCGAACCCGUGUUCGAGCCUGCGACUGGCCGUGUCCUGUGCCAGCUGGUGCCCUGCGGGGCGGAGGAGGUGGAGCAAGCCAUCCAGAGUGCCCACUCUGCCUACGUGAAAUGGAGCAAGAUGUCUGGCAUGGAGAGGGCUCGGGUCAUGCUCGAGGCCGCUCGCAUCAUCAGGGAAAGGAGGGAGAAAAUUGCGAAGCUGGAAGUGAUCAACAAUGGCAAAUGCAUCACUGAAGCUCUGGUGGACGUUGACGUCGCUUGGCAGACCAUGGAGUUCUACGCUGGCAUGGCUGGUACCCUGACAGGUCAGCACAUCCAGCUUCCCGGGGGAGCCUUCGCCUACAGCAGGAGGGAGCCCCUCGGCGUGUGCGUGGGAAUCGGUGCAUUCAACUACCCCUUCCAGAUCUCUGUAACCAAGUCUGCUCCGGCCCUGGCAUGUGGUAACGCCAUGGUGUUCAAGCCCUCUCCCAUGACUCCUUUGACUGCUGUGGUUAUGGCUGAGAUCUACAAAGAGGCAGGAGUACCUGAUGGCCUCUUCUGUGUGGUCCAAGGUGGAGCAGAGACUGGCUCCCUGCUCUGCCAGCACCCCAAGGUUGCUAAAGUCUCCUUCACGGGGAGUGUCCCGACUGGCAAGAAGGUUAUGGAAAUGUCUGCGAAAGGAGUGAAGCAGGUGACUCUGGAACUCGGCGGGAAGUCUCCCCUGAUCAUCUUCAAGGACUGUGAUCUGGAGAACGCCGUAAGGGGUGCGCUCAUGGCCAACUUCCUGACACAGGGACAGGUUUGCUGCAAUGGAACCAGGGUGUUUGUGCAGAGGGAGAUCAUGCCACAGUUCCUGGACGAAGUGGUUAAGAGGACCAAGGCCAUCGCUGUGGGCGACCCGCUGCUCGACAGCACCCGCAUGGGAGCCCUGAUCAGCAAGCCCCAGCUGGACAAAGCUCUGGGGUUCGUCAAUCAAGCCAAGAAGGAGGGAGCUAAAGUGCUUUGUGGAGGAGAGCCUUUUGUCCCCAGUGACCCCAAGCUGAAGGGCGGCUACUUUAUGUCCCCCUGUGUCCUUGAGAACUGCAGAGACGACAUGACGUGCGUCAAGCAGGAGAUCUUUGGGCCCGUCAUGUCCGUCCUGCCUUUUGACGCUGAGGAUGAGGUGAUCCAGAGAGCCAACGACACCACCUAUGGACUGGCCUCUGGAGUCUUCACCAGGGAUAUAUCUCGAGCUCAUCGUGUGGCAGAGAGGCUGGAGGCCGGCACCUGCUUCAUCAACAACUACAACAACAGCCCUGUAGAAAUGCCGUUUGGAGGAUACAAGAUGUCAGGCUUUGGCAGGGAGAACGGCCAGGUGACCAUCGAGUACUACUCCCAGCUGAAGACCGUGGUUGUGGAACUGGGAGACGUUGAGAAUCACUUCUAAACUCUGAACGUUAACUCAGAGCACUACAACUGUGACUUACAAUCUCCACACCUAUCUGGAAAGUCGCAGCACACAAAAAAAGGAUGUAGAGUGUAACCCCCGUUGUUAUUCUGGAAAAGCCGGAGCACUAUAUCUUCAGUCCUGGCUUUCUAAACACCUCAGCUUUCUAGAAAAUGUGACUCCACCUGAGUAAUAAGAUAGUACACUGAUCUGUUGAUGUGACAGCAUAGGUACAUAAAGCCCAAGCGGGAGGCUAAAUAAACAUGGUAGCAGCAUUAGGAGGAACCCUGUGCCUGAUGGUCAGCAAGCUCAACUGAAGUCUAGGAAAACUAAUUAAACUGUCUCUGUGGCAAAUGUCUCUUCUCAUUACGUCAGAAUGUAUUUCCUGGAGGUGAUUAACUUCUAAGAACUCCAGUCGUUUACAGCUUCAAUGAUUUUUUUCCAUAGCUAAUGAUGUGGAUUAUUAAAGUUUUAGCAAUAAAGCACAGUCCUGACCACUG